UACACUGCCGCUCUUUGAGUAAACACGGAAGUCGCUGUGCUGGAAUCGUGUUGUGUUGGCGUUUACUGUCACAAUCACGGUGCAUUUGUUCUUCGUCUUACCUUAAAAAUUAUCUGAAGGCAUGAUGCGUUUAACAUCUGUGUGUGCUGUUUUGAUCUGCUUUUCUUUGGUGGUCAGCAGUGGUCCAGUGAAACGAGAUGAAGAGCAACCAAAUGAUCAAGAACAGGACAGGAAUGGUGAGGCAACUAAUACAUCAGAAAAGACGGCAUCUGAAAACCCUGUAGACCGUAAUACUAAAGACGUCAAGAGUUACGUUGAGGAGGGCAAUACGCCGGCGGGUGAGGAGGGCAAGACGCCGGCGGGUGAGGAGGGCAAGACGCCGGCGGGUGAGGAGGGCAAGACGCCGGCGGGUGAGGAGGGCAAGACGCCGGCGGGUGAGGAGGGCAAGACGCCGGCGGGUGAGGAGGGCAAGACGCCGGCGGGUGAGGAGGGCAAGACGGCGGCGGGUGAGGAGGGCAAGACGCCGGCGGGUGAGGAGGGCAAGACGCCGGCGGGUGAGGAGGGCAAGACGCCGGCGGGUGAGGAGGGCAAGACGCCGGCGGGUGAGGAGGGCAAGACGCCCAAUCAAAGUGAUGAAACGGGCGAUCAGGUUGAUGAAAUGGGCGAUCAGGUUGAUGAAACGGGCGAUCAGGUUGAUGAUACGACCGACCAGGAUGAUAAGAAGUCUGAGGAGGAGGAAGAUUUAGACACAGGAACCAAUAAUCAAGAACCAGUAGAAGAAAAAAAUGCGGGACCCUCCGAAAAUAGCGAGACUGAUGAUGAUUAUAAUCCAAUGGAUAAUAUUAAUCCAGAUGAUGUAUCCAACCUGAAAAAAGGGAGUGAAACAAAAAAACACAGGGAAAUGGAUGACAUUAAGAUAGAGGAGAACGCAGAGAGCAGCCACUUCUUUGCCUAUCUUGUCUUUGCUGUUAUAGUGGUGGCCAUACUCUACAUCGCCAAUCACAACAGGCGCAAGAUCAUUGCUUUUGUUGUUGAGGGCCGAAGAGCACGAGGAUACCGGAGACCAAAAACAUCUGGUUACCAAAAACUCGAUCAGCAGUGAGAAAGUCCAGUCACAGUUUGUUGGAUGAAUCGAAUGAAUAACUGUGACCUUGAGAAUCUUGAAAUGAUCCAUCAUCAGGCAAACAUCACUACACCAAUCAUCAUUAACUCCUACUGUUUAUAACCUAACGUUAUAUUAAUAAUGAUCAUAACUGUUCAUGACAUGUUGCUGCCAACAGGUACAGUAUGUUGAAAAUGUGAAGGUCUGUUAUAGUUUUCGGAAUCUUUAGGCUUUUAUGAUCUUCAUUUGAGCGUAAAGUGCUACACAAACACAAAGUUUGCUAUGUUGCUAUUUAUCUGUUUUUCUGUUCGUUUGAGUAUUGUUGGUAGGUUGCGUUGUUUUCUGUUUAUCGUUUUAUUCAAAUCUAUUUCUAUAGUAACAGAGGAAACAAUCUGUAUAUAUUUGUUGCUUUCUCAUGACUAUGAAAGUUGUUUUUGGGGAAUGAAUGAGGGUAUGAUUGACAUUUUAAUUAUUCAGAGGGUUUGUUUUGUUUUUGCCUUAACUGAGCUCAUAAAAAUGUUAAUGAUUAAAAGUCAAUAAUAGGAAUGCACUUUCACCCUGUGUAGAAUAAGACACAAGCAGUUGGUCUUUUCUGGUUUAAUGGGAUUUGACAUAAUGUGUUUUUUGUUAUGAAACAUAAUUUUUGAUUAAUUGAUUGGUCUAUAAAUGCUGUAUUUCCUUUACCUCUGUUAGCCCAGCCUUAGCUAUCCAAUUUGUGAAUUGUGAAACCAGUAGUGCCAAAUGUAGACAGUUUUCAGGAAAUCUAUGCUGAUUAAAGAGUCGGAUGGCUAUGCAGACCUCUAAAUCAGAAAUGAAGAAUAUGAAGUGUAUUUAAUUUAUUCUGUGCCAUGUCAUAAACAUGUCUUGUCCAUUGCAUGAACACUUUAUUGAGCAUGUACUGUAUUACCAGUCCUGCUUUAUUCACUAUGAAGUCUGUGUGUGGUAUCUAGCUUUACAUAAAAAUUCUUGAAAUCCUGGAUAUAAUUUGAAUUGUUAUGUGGUUUAAAAAUAUCUGAUAGGUUUAUGUACUGUGGUCUGUCUAUAAACACUAUUGCAGCUUUUGCACAUGGGAGUAAAGUUUUGAAUUUUUCCUCUGA